AUGGCGAAAACGAAGACAACCGGGAAGGUGGCCCCGAGAUCAACACCCUUUGGCGAUGACUUCCGAACUAGCAAGAGGGACAAGCGUCAAAUCAAGCACGCGAGUUUGAUAUCCAAAAUCACCAAAGAUUCCAGCAAAACUCCGAAGAAACGUCGUGCGUCAAAAAAACUUGUUGCCAACCUUGAGUCUCUAGCAGAUGCAUUGCCCGAUGCGGCAGAAGAGUCCCACGAUGCUGCUAGCCAGGUCAACGUCAUCAAGCAGAACACCCUCCGGCAUAAGCCCGGUGCAUUGAAGCGUCGGGAAAAGUUGGAGAAGGUGGAACGUGAUCGUUUCGCAAAGAACAUGGCCCAGAUGUCAGGCCUACAACCUACCGCAGAUGGAAAUUCUGGCGAGGACAACACAGCGCCCAACCCCACUGCCUCCCGGUGGUCUGCGCUCCGAAACUUCAUCUCCCAGACGAUGGAGCAGCAACCAGUUUUCAAGACGGAUAAAUGA